CUUGACUACGCUACAAGCGUUACUUGAUAGUAGACAUGGGAUAUCUGGGCUACGUGGAAAUUGAGGUGGUUUGCGCUGACUCACCAUGGUGCCCAGCUUGCAGGAAAUACUUCCAUUCGGAAGGCGAUCCGGAGUGUUCGGCAAGAAACAAAAAGUCGUACCUCAGUGCUGCGAAGUCUAAUGCCAACAAACCGGAUCCAAAGGACAGAAAACAAGGCAGGGACAACGGAUCUGGUUCAGGGACAGAGGGCGGAGGAGGGGGAGGUCUGGGAGGUUCGGGAGGUCCAGGAGGUCCAGGAGAAAAAACGGGCAGCAACAAGGAAAAAGCUUCGGAGAAAGAGGGCGGGUUGAUGAACAGAUCAGGGACCGAGGGAAAGGCGGGAGGAGACGGAAACCCCGCUCCGGACAAAGAGAAGGAGAGAGGUCCGGAGAAGGAGAAAAACGAGACCCGAAAGGAGAAGACAGGUAAGAAGAAAAAGGGGGCGGAGGAUAAGGAUGAUACUAACGGAGGUAGGAAGGGGAACGGGACUGACGAAGGAGGAAAGGGAAAUGCGGGGUUUGAGGACCAGGGCAAAGGGACAGGUGAAAAGGAAAAGGAAAACGCAGUCCUGGACGGGAUAGAGAAGGAUAAGGGUCCGUGGGCGGAUAAGGGUGGAGGGAGUCCCGGGGUGGAUGGAGAUUUGAGAAAGGAGGUGGAUAAGAUGGGAAAUGGAGAAAAGGGGGAUCAGAGUAAAGAGGCCAAGACGGAUGGGGAGAAAGUUUUAACCCCCUCCCGCAAGGUUUUGCUCAAGGCUCGCCCAGGUGGGAAGGAAAACCCCCCAACAGGUGCAUCGAGCGAAAAAGUACCCUCCGCUUUUCUGCUGAUUAGGGAUAAAGAAACGGGAACAGACAGAAUGGAAGAGGAUGUAACCGUAGAAGAGAAAGAGAGAAGAUAGAGAGGAACGAUUCGACCAUCCGGGAACUGACACAGACUUAGAAAAAACCUUAAUUCUGUACAACAAAGAUAGUGCCCACAA